UCCGCAUGCAAAGGGGCAGAGGCAAGACGUCGAUACAUUCUCCAUCCGGACCGACUUGCUUAGUCUUUACCCGCCGUGGCAGAUGAUUUUGGAUUCAAUAAACGUGCUCGCCCAGUCUACCAUUCAAAAGUUUCCCUUUUCUUGUGCGUUCGGUCUUUUCGGAGAUGUUUCAGUUCGUGGGAUAGCGUCAGCAGUGGUACAUAGAGAGUGGGAGUGAAAAGCAGAAGCAAAUGGUGGCGCGAGGGCUGGAUGCACUUCGUUACCACAAAGGGAAGAAGAGGUGAAAAUGACGUCCUCGCCGCCGAGAAAGCCACUUGCCGUGUGUGCGACGUGUCGGGAUCCCGGCGAAGGCGAGAGCGAUGCGCUGGCUGCCGUUCGUCGAGGACACAUAGAGUGUUUGCAGGCCGUAUGUGCCGAGCGACCAGGUGCUAUUCACGACGUCAAUUCGCGAGUGCUAGGUGUUGGAGUGCUGCACGUUGCCGCUAGUCAGGGUCACACGGAAGUGCUGCGCUGGUUGUGCGAGGAGGCUGGUGUCGUCGUAGACAUAUCCGACGUGGACGGUGCUACGCCGACGCACCUGGCAGCGGCCAACGGCAAUCUGGGCUGCGUCCGAUACCUGAUCGGCGUGGCCGGAGCCGACGUUCACGCCCGAAUGCGUGACGGAGGCACUCCAUUGAUGCUCGCGUGCCAAAAUGGACACGAGGGAACUGUGGAGUGGUUGAUUGGACCGGGACGAGCCUCGUUGCAGAAGACCAACUCCAACAACGCUACAGCCGUGCACCUAGCGGCUGCUAAAGGUCACUCUGAGUGCUUGAAACUGCUGACAAAGGCCCGGCAAUACAAACCGAAUGAGCAAACAAAGGAUAAAGCCACACCGGUGUACUUUGCAGCGCAGGAAGGACACCUGAAAUGUCUGAAGUGGCUGUUGGAGCACGGCAAGGCCGACCUGGCGGUGCACAACGACGACGGGCGUGCGCCGAUACACGCGGCGGCCACCAGCGGUCACCUGCCCUGUCUCCAGUACCUCUUGGCUGGCGGUGGCGGUGGCCAGAAGAACAAACGCAAGUACCGCAGCGUGGACGGCGCCACCGCUCUGCACUUUGCCGCCGCUGCCGGCCAGAUGGCGUGCGUUCGCUGGCUCGUCGAGCAGCAGCAGCAGAGCAAGGCGAACAAGCUGGACAGGGAUGAUGACGGCGGAACGCCAAUGCACGAUGCAGCUGAGCACAAUCAGGUGGAAGUGCUGCGGUACUUCAUCGAAUGCGGGUUUGACGUGGAUGCACGAGAUGACCACGGUCGCACGCCAAUGCACAUAGCCCAGGAGAACGGUCACGACGAGGCAGUGGAUCUUAUCCUGGAGCACAGUUUGCCCACAUUACAGUACCCCGGUGCAAUCAACCUGGCGCGUCCUCAAUCAGCAAUCUACAAAGCCGAAGGCAGGCCGCGGCGACGCAAGUCUACCACUGCAACGGAUGUCAAUGGCUUAACCAUCCUCCAGGAAAAGCUACCACAAGAACAUAACUAUGCAGAAGAGGCUAUGCCGCCAAAGGCGCUGAUUGACACAGUCAAUGAAGCUGAGCGACUGGCAGUGUUGGAAGGAGAUGGUACCGGCAGUGGCCUGCUUAAUCCGGGAGGCCUGCACUUCCGAAAGAAUUCUGCUGCAGUUCUUGCAAUGGAAAGUGGAGAAACUCCGAAAAAGAAAGACAAGGGCGGCAAGAAAUCAAAAAGACGAGAUAGUGGACUGUCACAGGUGGAUGCCGGUGAUGAGGUAUUUGAUCUCUCUGCUAGCUCUCCAGCAAUGAUGAGUGACGACGAGAACCGCAGAAGAAAACGUGGUAUCUUCAAGUUCUUUGGAAACUUCAAGCGGAAACCCUCCUCUCAGAGUUUGGUGAACCUGUCUAUGUUCGACCCAGCCGGUCCAAAGUCACCGUCGGCUGUAUCCGAGGGUGGCAAGACGGGUCGGCGAAAGUUUGGCUUCAAACUUUCUGUUGGAAGGCGGCGGCAAAGCAGCACAGCGCUUCCCAGUAGUAGCAAUGCCAGUGACAGUACAGAUUGUGAUUUGACAAUCGGGGAGGAAUCCACCGAUGGUGGAGAUGACAUGGAGUCGCCCGUGCAUGAUGGGCGGCGUUUCUUGCGACGAACAGAGAGCGGGACAACAAUCAUUUCAACUGGAACUGAACGGGAGCAAGCCCUGUCCACUCUGCUGGAGCAGGAGGACAGGGAGGACAUGGGCAACUACAAGCGUGAGUGGAAAGUGGACGAAGACCUGCCGGAGGAAACGGAAGAAGAGCGCGCCGACAGAAAACGACGCGAGUUCGAAAGUCUCAUGUUUGGCAACUCUACUGAGCCUGAGCCUGGGUCUGUUCAGUCCGAUGAAGGUCAAACUGUAAACCAUUCUUCUGCCAAGCCAGAACAGUAUAGUCACGCCGCAGCUCUGGAAUCAGAUGGUAUUUUAGUUACGGAAAAAGUAACUGCUUCACCGGUGGAGGCUGUUCUGUCAGAUUCUUGUGUAGCUGAAAAAGUCAGUCACGGUGGUAAUGCAGAAGCCAUAGGAGCUCCAAUGUUCGACAUCACUGAGAGUACUGUCAGCGGCACUGCAGCCACUCAUCAUUCAGACAGCACGCAGCCCGGUAAGCAUUCGCUCAGUGAUGACCCCGGCGUGGAGAGAAUACUGGGCAGAAAUGCACAAGACGGCACAGCUGACCCGGCUCAGCGCAACACUGAUGAACAUGCGCGUGGGACUGUGGAUCAUGAUAGCAGGUCACUCCAUGGUUCUGAAUCAAACACAACCAGAGUACCAGCAUGCAGUGCAGCACUUGAUAGCAGCACUGCAAACAAUGAAGCCAGUGGUCAAGGGCAGGAUGCUGACAGUGGUGGAGAUAGCAUGUCCCUAAGCCGUGCUGAGACUUUAUCCGAAGGAAAUAGACACAAUGACGAGGACUGCGCACUUGCCACCGUCCAGAACGAAGUCACCGAUGACAAACCAAACUCGCCAGUAAUGGCAAGUAGCGAAACAGAACAGGCAAAAACUCCACAGACCAAUCCUGGCAUGGACAAUGCCGUUUCGGAAAGCUCUGCAAAUACAACACUUGCCAUGACUGCACCAACAGACAGUGCCCAAGACCUAGCAGUAAAUCUAGUAACUGAUUCCACAGGAGCCUCAUGUAACAGAACUAACACAACCAGCAGUCAAGAAGAACCCGUUCCAGGUGCAGCACAGACAACUCCACAGCUUCCCAGCAAGAACGACAGGCUGCCAUCCACUGCACCACUUGAAAGCCUUUCAGAUGCCGGUGCCGGUGCUACCGGCACCACCCAGGAUGAGAGUGAUGAGGGUGGCCCGGUAAAACUCUCCAAGCAAGAGGAGGCGCAGUACGUGCUGCAAGCAUUCAAGGCACGGAAGGAAGCGGAGCGCAAGGCAAAGCUGCAACAGGGCUCCACUGUGACAACUCCGAACGCAGCUGAGAGCACUUCGGUGCAGAACGUCGUCAAGCGCCAGUCACCUGGUGCCAGUGAGGAGACAGGGAAGCGACGCUCAUCCAUGUCAAAGCGUCUCAGCACUUACUUGAAACGUCGUCGCUCCGGCGGUAGUAGCAGCUCAUCGUCGUUGCAAUCCUUGGUCAAUGAGAAUGAGACCACAACACGCAACCGUACGGGCACAGUGGUUACGCGAGGCUCGGAUGGUGUGUUUGACAAUGAUGAUGAUAUGGACUCCGGGCAUAUGUCUGACAGUGAUGGUACAACAGGAAAUGGCGAGAUGACCGCAUUCAUGGCUGUCAACCAGGAGCACCUCGAAGCCCUGGAAGAAGUGGAGAGUGCACAGCUGGAUUUGGCACGGCGCGCAGCCCUAUCUCUCACCAGCACUCCCAUACUACCCAGCAAGGCUGUACCGGAGCUGCUGCAAGGCAUUGGGCUGCUGUCCGGUCUGGAACUGUGGACACUUUCGAAGAGCGAUACACUGACGCCGUUGCCAGUCACAGACGACACAAUCCUAACUGCAGGAGAGCUCUACAUCUGUCUGCGGACCCGGGCUGCUGUGGAUGUAAAGCAUGUCAUUCACUUGUGGAUUGGCAAGGAAGUGGACACGGAUCGAUACCAGGCUCUGCUGGAGCAUGCCCAUGCCAUGGAGAAAUGCUUGCCUGGUCUUGUUAUCAUGCAGCGCGAGACGCAAGGCUACGAAUCCGCCCUGUUUCUAUCCUAUUUCAAACAUGGCCUCAUCUGCUUCAUGCAAAACAACGCUGACGUCCGAAACCGCCUGUUUCACAUUCAGGGUCUUCGCCAUAUGUCACUAUCUGAAGUGCAGUGCAACAGCAAAUCUCUAAACAAGGGUGACACAUUCCUACUGAAAGUGCGGGGCAAGAUUCUGGUUUGGUUUGGCCCAAACAGCGAGGAGAAGCAACAGAAGAAGGCACUGGCAAUGGCAGAUUGGCUGGCUGAGAGGAAAGGUGGAUUGCCUGUGAGAAAAGUUGAUGACAAUGUUGACAAUGAUGCUAAGAAGACAUUCUGGCAGGUGCUUGGCUCAAAGACAGCUGUCCGUCCAGCCAUGCUCGGAAGAGGAGUGCAUCGCGUCGACAGGAAGAAGCAGAAGCUCCGACUCUUCAAUGUCUUGGGUUCUGGUGAGAAAGGCAAGCUGAAGAUAAUGGAGGUCAAGACCAAGUCACUGCACUGGUCCAUGCUACCGGCUGACAGCACUGCUGUCAUGGAGACAGACAGCUGCAUGUACGUGUGGAGCGGUGCGAAGGUGAUGCCGCGCGACCUCCAGUACAACUUCCAGCGAUGUGAUAUUGUGGUACGCAGUCGUGGCAUGUCAUCGUGGCUGCCUGUUGUUCGAAUCCGUCAGCACGGAGAGCCGUCGCACUUUAGGCAGUUCUUCCUUGGCUGGCCGUCAAUCGAUCUUGUCACGCUUGCCAAGUUCUGCGGUACACUGUCCCAGCUACCCAAACCUGAAUACAUGAUUGACAGAGCUAACGGCCAUUCUAAGGUGUACACGACGCACAGUGCACGGCCCAAAGCCGUCCAGCUGCGUCAACAGGGCCAGUUCUCCUCCACCGAGUCUUAUGUGGUGGAGUACCGGUAUCGCCACGGCAGCGGCAGUGGCGGCGGUGGCGGUACCAACACCAUCCUGUACGCGUGGCACGGCCGUGACUGCUCUGCGCAACGCUCCGGCCAGACCAUGGCAGUGCAGGCACAGAUGGCGAGGGCACUGGAGCUGCCGCCUGUUCAGACACGACUAUCUCAGGGCCAUGAAAGCGAUCACUUCCUGAGUGUGUUCAGAGGCCAGCUUGUCAUCUAUCUGGGAACACAAAAAUCGUCGCAACAGGGCAAAGAGCCAAGGCUGUUCUGUGUGAGUGGAAAGUCACAACUCAGGACAUCAAGUACACAGGUGAAGUGUCAUUACUCUUCGCUCACUAGCCGAAGUGCAUUCUGUCUUGUCACGCCGGAAGUGUCAUAUGCCUGGGCCGGAAAGGGAUCGACUCAGGUGGAGCGCCGUGCAGCGGCAGCAGCAGCAAGGCUUCUCAGCUCGCCAUCGUCAACAUCAAUAUCUGUGGUGCGCUGUGUUGAGGGUGAUGAGCCAGAGGCAUUCUGGCAGCUACUGGGCAGUGGCACUGGUAGGGUGAAGUAUGACACGGAGCUGCUGAGUCCAGAGAUAGCCGGUCAGCAGCCCCGACUCUUCCACUGCAGUCUGCUUGGCUGGCGCCUGGUGACAGAGGAGAUCUUCCACUUCACGCAGCUGUCGCUGACCAGGGAAGACGUUCUGCUUCUGGACACCGGUAACCAGGUUUUCAUGUGGAUCGGAGAGGCAGCACUACAGAAUGAAAGCCAGGGCGCAAACAAGAUGGCACUGGACUACCUUGCCAGUGAUCAGACAGGACGCAAGCCGGAAACGACGGCCAUUCACGUUGUGCUGCAGCGCUAUGAGCCCAUCACGUUCACCAGCCAUUUCCUGCACUGGGAUGCCGGCCUCUGGGAUCAGGAACAAUCAUCACUGGAGGCCGUGGAGAAGGAAGUCACCACCAAGAGAGCCAGUAUGCGCAGGGCGUCCACUUUGAGUCAGAGCUCAUCGGGAAGUGGGCUUUCCAGUUCACAUCUACAAGUCGCGUCCGACCUGCCUGAGAUUGCAUCCGGUGUGGAACUGCUACUGGACGAUCCGCCGGUGAGAGGUUCCAGAGGAGCGGAGCCACAGACGCAUACACAUGAAUUACCUACAGAUCAUGCCCAGCAAGUAGGAAUUCAGCAGCACCAUGGUGAAAGUGCCCACAGCGAUCCAAUGGGCAUGGCUGCACCUGCUACCUCCGCGCAGCCCACCCAUCCUGACAACGUGACACUUUCCACUCCGAACACCACUGAGGUACAGGAAGAACCCAGUCUGUCCACAGCCGCCGUAGCCAAUGACUACAAGCCUGACGGUGCUGACAAGGACCAAACAAUGGGUCAGCAGCAACUCGCAACUGCAAGCUCUGAGAGUGACAAUGUGAGAGAAAGCGAAUCAGUAGAAGCAGAGCAGGCUGAACAACGCAAUCACAUUACAGAGCCAACAACAGCAACGGCACACACUGCUCACCCUGGUCAAGAUGACAGCGAGGAGCAAAGUAAAGAAGCAGAAGAACUUCAAGAUGACACUGAAAUUGUAGAUGAGAUGGUGGCUGAUGCGGGUGAAGUAGAUGAUGUGGAUGGGAAGGAAUGUACUGUUGACGAACUAGAUGGCAACAGCGUAAAAGCAGAUGAACACCCAGCAACCACUGCAGAAGAUCCGAGUACUGAGGACGAACCAGAACAAUUGCCAUGUGGGUCUUCCAGUGAUUCAUCUUCGAUCCCUCCUGCAGAACAGCUGUCUCCAUCGCCUGGAUGUGAAGAGGAGCAGGAAGUGAGCAGUCCUGCAGCCACUGCCGACAGCUAUGGCCUUGAUAAUAAACAGCCGGAAACUCACGAUCUCAUCAACAAUGUUCCUAGUGCACCUAAUGCGGGCCAAGCUGGCAUGUCUGCACCGUCCCCAGAUGUGUCACCUGCAGCACAAGCAAUCCAAUCUACUGCUACCGAUGUAGAUGAGACCUGCACCCAGGCAUCACAGAGUGGAGUAGAAGCUGGCGUCUGUGACAAUGAUAUUGGCACCGUUGCAACUCCGGGUCACAGUUUAGAAGGACACCGACCCGAGGAACUAAGUCUCCAGGCUGAGGUGUCCUGCCCAGUGCCAGUUCCAGAGGCCGUUCCCGAUCCCGUUAUGAUCAGUACCCCGGCAUCGACAGAUUCUACAUCACCAACACCGCAGUCGCCUAUUUCACCCGGUGAUCUUGAAGCCAGUCUUAGCAGCAUCAGCCUCUCGGCAUCAAACCUACUGUCCGGCUCAUCUGCUGCCAAUCUCUUGUUCAACUCAUCGUUUGAUCUUGACAACCUGGACACGAUUCCUGAAGUGAGGAGCCGACCAGCUACGCUUGAGCGCAAGGCCAGUGGCAGCAGUCCCAAAAAGGAAGCACUUGUGCCACGUCCAAAGUCCACCGCAUCGCCAUCGGAAAAGUCUGUGAUAACCGUCCUCAGCACUGACAAGACAGCACAUCAGGUGGAGGUGACUGAGAAGUCCAAUGCACAGCACUUGGUCUACAAAAUGGUGGACAAAGCCCAGGUCAAGCUGACCCUGACCCUGUCCAUUGUGGAGUCGCUGGCAGACUUGAAGCUAGAGCGUCGACUGGAGGACCAUGAGAGGGUCCUUGACGUCAUGGGACGAUGGCCGCUCAAGCACAGCAACACUCUUCAACUUCGCAACGCACCAUCGAAAUAUGCUCUGUUUGAAAAGCCACAGCUGCCAAGACCAGUACUGCUUGCAGCGUGUGAUCGCGGCACAGUGCCGGAUGUUUCUGGCAAUCUCUGGGUGAAGAUGUCAUCACAGAUGCCCUGGCAGCAACAUGUGCUCUCCCUCCGCUCCACCGGAAUAGCAUUCACCACUAUUGCAGAGUCUGCAGAGGAGGAGAAUGAGGAGCCUACCAUGGCAGUGUACUUCUACCGGAGCAGUGUCUACAUUCCGACUGGUGCUGCCAAGGCUAGUGGAGCGCCAACAAAAUUUGCUUUUGUUGUCAAGAGCAAUGGAUCUUACGACCCGGACAACAUGGUGUCGUUUUGCGCCCAGUCUGCGCAGGACUUCAUUCAAUGGGUAGCUGCAAUACGCCUGGUGAUGUUUGGUGCACAGCUGCGGCGUAACCAUGGUGUAGUGCGCCGGCAGUUCUCCAUGCUGGCCAGGGUCAAGAAGGCGAGGAGAGCGUCGUCACAGCAGACGUAACAUAGCAGGACGGUGAUUGCUGCCUUGCGCUUUACUGUGUUGGCGUGCAGUAAUGUCAGUUCACGUUCAACCACUUGAGAAUGUAGCGGUGUUCAGUUGCAAGCAUCUCGGGGUUGUUUCUAUCCUCGAUGCUCCCACCGAAUGGCUUGGAGUCUUCGUCUUGCCGCAGUACAACCACAAUGCUGCUGAACAGUGAGGCAGGCUUGUUCUAAAUCAUGUGACAGUUGCCAAGUUAAGUCAUUGGCGGAGGCUGCGCAUGACCCUCUGGGUCUAGACUAAGCUGAUCAUCAAUUAGCUAUCACAACAGAUCUCUUAGCACACUGAACAGACAGUACAUGCAGUCUCAGUGAGACAGUGCCUUGAAAACUACUAGUAGGACUCAGAUACAUAUAUUUCUUCAAAGUAGGAACAUUUAGUUGAGCUACACUUAGAAGUGAUAUAUCGCUGCUUUUGCCGGCCCCGGGUACACAUGUUGACCAUUGUUCUUUAGAAUUAGGUUUCAUUCACUAACCUGCCAACAAGACUAGGACAUAACCCCCUGCAGCAUGCAACCCCACUGUGGGCGGCGGUGUCCCGACGGAAUUUUCAAGUUGACGUCUUUUUUAUGAUGCAAUGCGUACUGUACUUGUAUUACCAGA